CGCAAGUCUUACUACGACCAUGGCGCCGGGCGAGCGUUCUGAAGAGGCGUGGCUGUGGUAUACUGCAGUCUACGAGGCGAUUCAAGAGAUUCCGCACUCUAGAGUCACUAGCUAUGGGCAUAUCGCUAGGCUGGUCGGGAAGCCCCAGUGUCCAAGACAGGUUGGAGUCUGUCUCAAAAACCUGCCAUCACCUUUGCCCGAUAGCAGCAAGAAGAGUGCUACAUUCCAUAGUGGCAAUGUGCCUUGGCAGCGCGUGAUCAAUGCUAAAGGCGGUAUUAGUCCGAGGGGACCAAGCGCGGCUAGCCAGCAGGCCGAUGCUUUGAGGAGAGAGGGGGUUGAGGUCAGACAAGACGCCAUGGGGCAAUAUACUGUGGAUUUCGGGGAGUAUGGAUGGUUCCCUGACGUGCUUCCAAGCGAGGCUGGGUUGGUGGAGAGCAGUGACGACGAAGAAGCUGAGGACGAGGCUGCGUACCAUACCUGAAGCAGCGUGUCUCGAAGGACGUCAGGACGCAUGUCUGGGCUGGACCAGAAAAUGCAGGUUCCUGCACGUUAUUGUUCCAUGACAUUUGAUUGAUGGAAAUGGUGUGAAGUGGCUGUUGGACAGUGCGAAGUAGAGCAUGUUGUGAUAAUGGGGUACAUAACUGGAGGGUUCACGGCGGUAGUUCUGACUCGCUCGAGUACGGGUAGAUAGAAGAGUGGCCUAGCCGACAAGGGCGCAGUUGCUCAGCGGCCGAAUCCGGGUCCUUAUCGAGUUUGCGUGCUAAGAGGCGUCCAUCUCAUAAGCUACGGCACGUAAUCCAAGGCCUCGUGAUAUCUGUUG